AUGAACAUUUGUAGACGUAAAUAGUAGCUAGCUGGCUAGCAUGUUAGGGUAGGAAGAGUAGAUAGCUACAUAUAAAAACUUCAUUUUACAUUAAAUGAAAAAUGCCACUUCUUAUUCAAAAUAAAAGAAUCGAACGGACUAGUACAACGGCUGAAUUUUUCGCCAAGUACCCACAUUUGCAGGAAAACGCAAGAUCAUUCUGCGCCAAGGCACUUGUGAAUGUCGACCCAAAGUGCCUCCUUUAUGUACAACAGCGAGAGUUUGCUGUCACAACCCCUGCUGAUCACUUUGUCACUGUGAUUGGAUCUGAUGAUGCAACAACCUGCCACCUGGUAUUAGUACGACACACAGGAAGUGGAGCAACUUGCCUUGCACAUUGUGAUGGCUCUAGCACAUGGACUGAAGUUCCUCUCUUUGUGAAAGCUGUCACCACUCUGAGUAGCCAAGCCAAGGAUGGCAGGCUGGAGCUUCACCUCAUUGGGGGGUUUAAUGAUGAGACAAAGACAUCUCACAGCCUCAGCCUUAACCUUCUGGCGGCCUUCCAGAAACAGAGAGAAGACAUACAUUUGGUAACAUGUUGCAUUACAGAGUUGAAUGAUGUUGUUACGGAUGGGAAUCACAGACCAAUAGUCUAUGGAAUAGGAGUCAAUGUCAAAACUGGAGAGGUGUUCCCAGCCACAUUCCCAUGCCGAGGUCCUGCUGAGGAACUGCGCUCAGCUCGAACCUUCACAGGGGGACAGAUGGCUGAAAUUUAUGAUUCUAGCAAGAGUCAAGUGAAAAUUGGUCCAUGCAGGUGGUCUCCAAACAGUGAUAUAGCCUUCUGGCUGACACAGGAUGAUGCCACUAUUUUGAAGUAUUUGUCCACUUCCCCUCUGGCUGAGCCACCACACUUCGUCCAGCACAUCAAGUCCACCAUCCGCUUUCUGCUGGAGCAUCCCAGCCCUGACAGCCUCUUUCCAGGAGGGCUGCCCCAGCUGUUCCGCAGGACGGAGCAGGGAGACUGGGAGAGGGUGGUUCAGCCUUAGGGCCUCCUUCCCCAGGUACACUAGGGACACUGCUUUACACCCUUGAUCCCUUGAGACACUGUGAGCCUCUGAGGGAAAUCCCUCAAUCAUCAACAGUUUUUUGUCAGUUCAUUCUUUUUACUUUUAAGCUCUUUCAUGUUCCUGUGACUAACUGAAAGCUGUGUGAACACUGGCCAGACUCCAUCCAAAUGUUUGAGCUGUAACCCAUUGUUCCUUUGACACAGCUUGAUUAACAGAAUAAGCCUCCAUGGAUAGAGGUGUGUUUUUUGUUCUUGUUUUGACAUGAGUCUGUAUGGUUUGAUCAUCUUAUUGGUUUACUUGAUUGUGCUUUACAUUCCGCAGAACCUAAUGUCCUUAUUUAUUCUACCAUGUAUGCUUCCAGUUUUGGGACUUUCCACAGAGGUGAAAAAGAAAUUAUGGAAAGGGAUCAUUUAACACUUUGUACAGUGGAUGGUUUAAAAUUGAGUAACUCCUAUUAUCUGAAGAAGAGGAGCACAACUACAUAUACCGGAUAUGUGAAGUAUAAAUUAAAUUCUACAUUGUACAUAUAUUUCUGUACCUCACAGAAGAUUGUGUAAGAUAUUCUACAAGGGACUUCAAUAAGGAAACUAUACAUGUUGCAAAGGAAAGCAAAAGCAUUCAAAUACGUGAGGGGAAAAAUAAAUACAAUUUGUGUUGCAGUUUAAUAAAACUGACACCUUUUUCAAGAUGACAUUUUCAAGGACACUGGUUCUUUGAGCUUUGAGGAAAAAAACCCAAAUUGCUUUAAAACAAAACCACAACAACCACAAAGACAAAAUUAUUUAAACAAUCAAAAUGACUUUUUACUUUCAAAGCAAUAUUAUCUUUAGUCAGCCAUGUAAAAUAUUAAA